AUGGCGCAGGAGACGAUGGACGUCGAUCUCCCGCCCGCGGCCGAGGGCGCCGGGCCGGAGCCGUCCCCCGCGGCCGAUCGCGACGAAGCCUCGGGGCGUCGGCCGGCGGCUGCCCGCUCCUCUUGGGAUGCCGGCGCGGAGGCGCGGAGGCCGCGUCGCGCCCGGAGGAACCUUUCUGGGGCCCCGCGGGCAGCGCCUUCCUCCUCCCCUUCGUCCUCCUCCGCCGCCUCCUCGUCCUCCCAGCGGGCAGCCCGCGCCAGGUCCACAGCAUCACUGGACAGUUAUUUCCAGGUCAGUAGGACUCAACCAACAGGGACAUCCCAUCUAGCAGGCCACAAUAACCAUAGCUCAGAUGAAACAGUGGUCCUAAGUGACUCUGAGAGCAGCAACAGCAGCAGCUCCACUGGGGAGGAAGAGGAGCCAGCAAGAAGCUCAGAGGAAGCACCUGGGACCGUUGGCUUGGGAGUAUCUGGCUCAAAUCAGAUGGAGCCUCCUGGAGAUGGUCCUAAUGAGACAGAGCACCCUGAUGAUAUUAGAGUCACCGCUGCCCAACCAAAGGUGAGAGAAGGUGAAGUUGAAUACCUGGGCUCUUAUUUGCCUGAGCCAGCUUCCAUGUUUUCUUUUUUCCAGACAACUCCGUUAAAGAAAACCAAUCCGGUGGCAUCUUUAGUUCCUUUGGAAGAGGAGAAUGGUGAUACCUGUGCCAUCUGUUUUGAAGAGUGGACGAAUGCUGGGGAGCAUCGUCUCGCUGCACUGCGCUGUGGACAUCUUUUUGGCUACAGCUGCAUUGAGAGGUGGCUGAAAGGUCAAGUAGGCAAAUGCCCCCAGUGCAAUAAGAAAGCUAAGCGCACAGAUAUUGUGGUCCUUUAUGCCCGUACUCUGAAAGCACUGGACACCACUGAACAGGAAAACAUGAAAAGUUCUUUAGAAAAGGAGCACGUCCUGAGAAGGAAAGCAGAACUGGAAUCAGCACAGAGUCGCCUUCAGCUGCAAGUCAUGACAGAGGAGUGUAGCAAACUUAAGCAGCAAGUUCAGGAGCUGAAGGCCUUGCUGGCCCGGCACAACGCCAGCUCCACUCCGCCGUCCAGCAGUGCUCGCUCCUGCUUCCCCGGCUGCCUCUCCUCUGGCCAGGGCCAGCACAAGUACCAUUUUGAGAGAGCCUUUCUGGUCUCUCAGAUGGGCAACUGCCGGGUUAUGGCAUACUGUGACCCCUUGAGCUGCCUUGUGGUCUCACAGCCCUCUCCACAAAGUACUCUCCUUCCUGGCUAUGGGAUUAAGAUGAUGAGCGCUGUCAACUUGAAGAGCAGUCAGUAUGUCCCCAUCCACAGCAAGCAAAUCCGGGGCCUGGCCUUCAGCAACCGUACAGAUGGCUUGCUCUUAUCUGCUUCUUUGGACCAUACACUCAGGCUUACCAGCUUAACCACAAACACUGUUGUGCAGACCUAUAAUGCCAGCCGCCCCAUCUGGUGCUGCUGCUGGUGUCUUGACGACACCAACUGUGUCUAUGCUGGGCUCGCUAAUGGCUCUAUCUUGGUCUAUGAUCUGCGGGACACGAGCUCCCACAUCCAGGAACUGGCCCCACAGAAGUCCAGGUGCCCUGUGGUAUCUUUAUCUUACCUUCCUCGAAUGGCUUCAGCCUCACUACCGCAUGGUGGGCUGGUGUCUGGGACGCUGGAAGGAGCCUGUUUUUGGGAACAGAAGUCUAGCGGUUCCUACCGACCUCACGACCUCCUCCUUGAACCUGGAGGCUGUAUUGACCUUCAGACAGAAGCCAGCACACGGCACUGCCUUGCAACAUUCAGGCCCAACAGAAACAACAACUGUUUGCAGUGUGUGGUAAUGGAGCUGACGUCUACUCAGCUGACGGACAGAGCUGAUGAUGUUGUCUGUUCGUGUAACCCCGUUCAAACUCUUACUGCAGGUCCAACAUGCAAACUCCUGACUAAAAAUGCCAUCUUUCAGAGUCCUGAAGAUGAUGGCAGCAUCCUUGUGUGUGCUGGGGAUGAAGCAUCAAACUCUGCCAUGCUCUGGGAUGCAGGAAGUGGAACUCUGCUUCAGAAACUCCCAGCUGACCUCCCUGUGUUGGAUGUCUGUCCUUUUGAGGUGAAUCGCAGCAGCUUCCUUGCUACUUUGACAGAGAAGAUGGUGAAAAUCUACAAAUGGCAGUGACUGUCUCCCUUGCCUUCCAAGGCUGAUCUCUGAGCAAAGCCAGUGUUGCUGCUAAUUGGAUGUUGGCUGUCUUGAAGAUAGGAGUAUUUCUGAACCACCAUCGCUCUGUACCUCAGGGUAAUUUAUUUGCUCCAUCUCUGCUCACUUUAUGUUCUCGUUUUCCCCAAUUUAUUUAUUUUUUUCAGUAAAGACAAUUGUUUCAGUCAUGCAACAAAUUACCUGUAUCUUGUUAUGGGUCUUGUCUUCUGGUUGCACUACUCUGGGAGAAAAUGAAGCCUGAGAAGAGAUUUGGCUGCCACUGCAUAUUUUCUGGAAAUUAACUGUUGGUGCUUGCUAAAACUACCUUCAUUGGUCCUGUUCCUCAUGUGACCUAGAAUUUCAUGAUGUGGGUACCAGCAUAUCACCAGCCUGCCGUGUGCAAAGCAAAAAGCAGUUUGCAUCUUGUUUUUUUGUCUGCUUAUAAUCACUUGUCUGCAGUGAGUUGUUCCAGCAAUGUGUCUUCUGAUCAUGAGGGAUUAGGGGAAAAAGCUGAUGGUGAAUUCUGCCUCAAAUUGGUUGCUAACAUGCAUUUUGAAUGCAGUUUAGGGAGAUCCAGUGACUUAAGAUAGAAGCCUAACUGUUUAGGCCAAAAUCAUUAAUUAGGAGACAUCCUGCCAAUCUCCCUGCUAGCCAAUCAUUGAGAGUUGCAAAAUUGAAAAAUGAAGCCAUUUCAGAACUUGAUCAAGUCUCCUUGCAAGAAAAAAAAAAAUUGGCUUGGCUUUUCUUAAGCAUAUUGGUGAUAUGUUUUCUGCUCUGAAUUAAAAUGAGAUCAUAUUUAAUAUUUGCUUUGUGAAAGCCAGCAAUCAAGAGUGUAUAUACUGCGAGACUCAUCUGAAAACCUAUUUUGAUCUGAAAGCUAUGGAACUUGAAGCUUUUUGCGCUGCCUAUACUAUGCGUGGCAGUACGAAACCUUAGAACAACAUUCCUAAAUUGAAAUACUGUGACUCGUAAGUAUGUCUAGUAGUCCUGUCAUGUUAGAUUUUUUUUCUGAACAAUGGCAAUUGUGAAACAACUAUUUAAAAUCAGUGGUUUUCUCCAAUGGGCAAACAAAUUCAUUGCCAUGCUAUUCAAAUAGCUUUAAAGUUAAGCAUAAGUGCCAAGAAAAGGAAGUGGAGUGCGCAUCUUAAAAGAUCUUAAGGCAAUGAUACCUUUUGUAUCUGAUGUCAGACAGGAAUGUUUCCCUGUGGUAAAUGAAUAUGUCAGGGUUUGGAAAUACUUCCUUUUUGUUGAAAACUAGCAAAGUGGAAUUUUUAAAGUAAAUCUUCGCAACAGUGAAUGCCUAUACCUUAUCUAAGGUGAAAAUACAGUUACUUUUUUAAUGAAGCAUGUGUUGGAAUAAACUGUUACCUUGCUGGAAUCUCUAGAACAUAGAAACAGUAGCAGUUCCGCUUUUAACAGUGAACAGGUCACUUUAUAUUAAAGUACAUGAUAACUAUAAUGUAAAUAGAGGCAAAUUUGUGACGUAUGUCAGAAUUAGAAUUGCUUUGAAAAUAAAAGUUUCUGCAUAAUAAAGAUACUUCUUUAUCAA